AUGUCACAGUCUACUCAUAAGCUUACCAUUCUCCCUCAUAUCAUAAAAUGGGUUCCCAAAGAUCCCGCCCCUGUAAGGAAGGUCAUCUCAUUUGACCUUGAUCACACCGUGAUCAAACCAGUUAAAGGCCGAUUCAGUAGGACAUCAGAUGAUUGGAUAUUCAUGAAAUAUGGAAAAACCGAGGUACUUGCUAAACUUUCGGCACAAAUGAAGGAAACACCAGAUUUUCACAUCGUCUUCUUCUCCAACCAAGGCGGUGUUGUUAGUGAACCUAGAACCUCUAAAAGCUGCGUAAAACACGUUGAUAAAAUUUGCAAAGUAUUGAAAUACAUAUCGGAAAACGAUUCUCAACUGUGUGAUCGUAUUUGGAUUUACUGUGCUACUAAAAAACCAGCUUCCCUUUUUGGUGGCAGCAAAGCCGCCAGCACUGCUCACGCAAAUAAAGUUGUUAAGAACAUUAUUUCUGGCCAGAAGAAAAGAAUAAACGGGACAAUGGUAACACCUGAAAUGUUUGAUAAUGUGAGAAAACCCAAUCGUGGUUUGUUUGAUGAAUUUCUUAAAGAUUCUGACGAACAAUCGGACUCAAUUGAACUUUUAUUUUACUGCGGGGAUGCUGCAGGAAGACCAAAUGAUUUUAGUGACAGUGACAAAGAGUUUGCUAAAAUAUUGGGCGUACCUUUCAAGGUACCGGAGGAAUACUUUAUUUGA